GCCAGAACCGUGCCCUAAAAUAUCGAGAGCAUUAUUCCAAUCCCGCCCAACCGCUCUUUAAUAAAACCCACCGACCCGGAAUCUCCUCAUUUUCCCUUCUCCCCUCUUCCUCCUCCCAACAUUUCAAACCCUAAUCUCACGGUAAGGAUUUUCCGGCGACAAUGUUGGAACUUCGCCUUGUUCAGGGGAGUCUGCUAAAGAAGGUUAUGGAUGCAAUCAAGGACCUGGUGAACGACGCCAACUUUGACUGCUCCGCCACCGGCUUCUCCCUCCAAGCCAUGGACUCCAGCCACGUGGCGCUGGUUGCCCUGCUGCUAAGAUCUGAAGGUUUCGAGCACUACCGAUGCGACCGCAACAUCUCUAUGGGGAUGAACCUCAAUAACAUGGCCAAGAUGCUCAAGUGUGCCGGAAAUGAUGACAUCAUCACCAUCAAGGCUGAUGACGGCAGUGAUACUGUAACUUUUAUGUUCGAAAGCCCCACACAAGACAAGAUUGCGGAUUUUGAAAUGAAGCUUAUGGACAUCGAUAGUGAGCAUCUUGGGAUCCCAGAAGCAGAGUACCAUGCUAUAGUAAGGAUGCCAUCAGCUGAGUUUGGUAGAAUUUGCAAAGACCUUAGCAGCAUUGGUGAUACAGUUGUUAUCUCGGUGACCAAGGAAGGCGUAAAGUUCUCAACGAGAGGUGAUAUUGGAACUGCAAAUGUGGUGUGCAGGCAAAACACUACUGUUGAUAAGCCGGAGGAAGCAACAAUCAUAGAGAUGAAAGAGCCGGUGUCUCUCACUUUUGCUUUGAGGUACUUGAACUCAUUCACCAAAGCAAGUCCGUUGUCUAACACGGUCACCAUCAGCUUGUCUUCUGAACUUCCCGUAGUUGUGGAGUACAAGAUUGCUGAGAUGGGACACAUAAGGUUUUAUCUGGCACCCAAGAUUGAAGAGGAUGAAGAGGAUACUAAACCUUGAGUUCUUGAUCUUCACUUUUCUUCAUCUAAAGUAGGGUUUUGAAAGCAUAUUAGCUUGCUGCACUAUUGAUUUCUUAUGCUAAAUGUAUGGAGGGCUGUGUUAAUGUUUUUCCUUGGCUUGUCUAAUGUUUCAUCCAAAAUUAUAUCCGAUAUGUUGAAUGUUUCUUAUUUCUCUCAGUUUAAUGACACUAAGUGUCACGGCCCA